AGAGAGAGAGAGAGAGAGAUGCUGUCGUCUUUACUGAUCUCCUAAGACUUUAGUGUCUUUAGUGUUUGUUGUUCAGAGGUCUUCCACAGUCAUGUUGAGAGCCAGUGAAGCGGGCUCGUUGGCCGUGCUGGCCUCCAGUCUUCUUUUGGGAUGCGCAGUGGCGCACUCCCUCGGACAGAAUGACACGGAACCUGUUGUUCUGGAAGGAAAGUGUUUAGUUGUGUGUGACUCGAACCCGUCCGCGGAUGGUGGGGUGACCUCGUCGUUUGGGAUAUCCGUCAGAGCUGCCGGUGCCAAAGUGGCUUUCUCUGCUGUCAGAGGAACUAACCAUGAACCGUCCGAAAUGAGUAAUAAGUCAAUGACAAUCUACUUUGAUCAGGUGUUAGUGAACAUUGGAAAUCAUUUCGAUCUCAAGGCGAGUGUCUUUCUAGCUCCACGGCGAGGAAUUUACAGCUUCAGUUUUCAUGUGGUGAAGGUCUACAACCGACAGACCAUUCAGGUCAAUUUGAUGCACAAUGAAUACCCGAUAAUAUCUGCGUUUGCCGGUGAUCAGGAUGUCACGCGGGAGGCUGCGAGUAACGGGGUCCUGCUUCACCUGGAGCGCGAGGACAGACUCUAUCUCAAACUAGAAAGAGGAAACCUCAUGGGCGGCUGGAAAUACUCCACUUUCUCUGGCUUCCUUGUUUUCCCUCUCUAAUCAAAUAUAGGCACUUUACAUGGACCAGAUUGAGGACUGAGGGACUUGUCUGUUCUUUUGAAAAUAAAUGUAGCAGAGAGAACUGGGAUUUCUUUCAUUGUCAAGAUCAGAAGAUAUGUAACGAGUUGUAUGUGCGUGUGUGCUUAUGCUAUACUAAAGCAAGUACAGUAACAAUUUUGGCCAAAUUACCAAUUGGUGUCAUCAUGAUGCUUCGGAAAGGACUCAUUCAAAAACUUGUUGUAUGUGACUGGACAUUUUUGCAUUCGGGAGAAUAUAUUUUGCACGAAAUGUGUCCUGUUAUGUGCUUGUAUUUGUAUAAUUUGUAUAGCCCUUAUAUGUUUGAUGUUAUAUAUGAGUACAAAGAACCAUGGUCUCUAAUCGUUGGUGUUCCGCUUAAGCAUAGAUAAGUAAUGAUAUCUUCCAUUUUUAUAUCACUCGAAUGUAAAUAUACCAUGUCAUUAACACAAAGAAUGUACUUCCAACUGCUUUAACUUACAAGUUUUCUGAAAGAAGGGAAUAAAAGUAUUUGAGAGAAAGUGGGGAGGAGAGAAACUGAA